AUGUGCAAGUGUUGCAGCCUCAAAUGCAUGUUCAUUUUCUUCAAUGCACUGUUCUUGGCAUCUGGGGUUGCCCUAAUCACCAUCGGAGCACUGCAGUACACGACUUACUUACAGAUGGGAACUUUUGCAGGCAGCGGCCUAUCUAAAAUCGCUAUAGUCCUCAUUGCAGUGGGUGUCACCAUAGCCCUCAUCUCCCUCCUGGGCCAUGCUGGGGCUUUCUUUGAUAAUUCUUCUAUGGUGGCUUGUUUCAUCUGUAUCCUGAUAGUGAUCAUCAUAUUGCAGAUACUCACAGGGGCCGCCUUUUACAUAUUCCGCAGCAGGACUGCCCUCCUGCAGAUGAACAGCGCUAUCAACACUAAAGCACGAUUGGUGAUCUAUGAAUACAGCCCGGAGAACAGACACGCCAUCAACAGAAUUCAGGAAAAGUUCCGCUGCUGCGGUGCAGACAGCAGCACUGACUGGUCUAGGAGUGUGGGCUGGGAAAACCACGAUGCUGUGCCAGAUUCCUGCUGCGUGGUGAAGAGCGAGGGUUGUGGACAGAACCAGGAGAAAGUACACACAAAGGGUUGUGUUUGGGCUAUCAAACUCUUUCUGUUGAAAAACCUGGUGUGGGUCGGGGCUGUCUGCAUCGCUCUUGGACUCACAGAGGUUUUCGGAGUGUUACUUGGGGUGUGCUUGUGUCUGCAAAUAAAACAAAAAAACUAUGAGAACCUGGGCUGAUGUGUCAUCGUGCCCUAGCACAGCCGACUUCCCACAUCACUGACUGUUAUUCUUUUGUUCAGAUUUGAUCUAUUUUAUUAGAUUUUCCAGUUUAUUCUUGCUAGACUGUGCUUUAAUAUGUCCAAACUGUCUCUGAUUCAUAAAAUCUGACAUAAAGUUUAAACAU